AUCCAAAAUAGGAAUAAGGGCAGGGCCCUGGCCCUGUGGGCGGACAGACUGAGGAGAGUGGCGGACAUUACAAAGACACUCCUCUCCCUCUCCGAAACGUGUAGCUAAACUAACCUCAACUACUUUCCCUCAAUUCUCCAUUGUAGCCCAUACUCUAUAAGUUCCUCUCCUCUCUCCUUCGCAUAAAAAUUCCUCUAUUUCUCUCGAUUAUCUCUUCCUCCUCUCCCAUGGAAUCCUCUGUUGCUCUCCAAUCUUUUCAGUGUAAAUUGUACGGCCAGCGUUUGACGGUUUGCCAGAACUUUAUUUCCUCUUCGGUGAAGCGUAAUGUAUCGCUCCUCUCGUGUGUAAAGGCGCCUGAAGCUGCUUCUACUGCAACGGCCAAAUCUUAUGCUGGUGGUGUAAAUGGCUCGUUGGAGAAGAGUUCUCUGCGAAGUGCAACGUUUCCUAAUGGAUUUGAAGCAUUGGUACUAGAGGUCUGUGAUGAGACAGAAGUUGCUGAAGUGAAACUGAAGGUUGGGGAUUUUGAAAUGCAUUUGCGCCGCAAUGUUGGGGCUACAAUAGUGCCCAUGUCCAGUAUUUCACCUACAGAACCGCCACCAAUCCCAACUAAGCCAAUGAAUGUAUCAGCUUCUGUUGCCCCAUCACCAUCACCACCAAAAACAUCUACUGAGAAAGCUACUCCAUUUAAAAAUAUCUCCUUUGGGAAGUCAUCCAAAUUAGCUGCCUUAGAAGCUUCUGGUACCACUGGAUAUGUUCUUGUUGCUUCUCCAACGGUUGGCUCAUUCCAAAGAAACAGAACAGUAAAGGAAAAAAGGCAACCUCCCACCUUUAAAGAGGGUGAUAUGAUUGAAGAAGGACAAGUGAUAGGCUAUUUGGAUCAAUUUGGUACUGAACUUCCUGUGAAGUCAGAUGUGGCUGGAGAAGUCUUAAAGCUCCUCUUCGAUGAUGGUGAUGCUGUUGGUUAUGGUGACCCUCUAAUUGCUGUCUUGCCAUCAUUUCAUGGUAUCGACAAUUGAGCUUCCUGUCCUUUCUCUGGAUGUUGACAGUAUUCUUGGAAAGUACUGAAGUAAUUCAGAUUGUCUUCCUUAGUUCUUUUGAUCUUUCCAACCUCUGCCUUCUGAUUGUGCAAUAGAAGACGUACAUUUGUGGUGAAUGGCGACACUUGGCUUUUCUGGUCAGUUUCAUUGACUUGCAUAUCCGGAAGAAUAACUGGUUAAGCAUUAUGGUUUGAGAUGUUUUAAUAUUUUGCAUUAGUUAUUAUUAUUAUUACUCAUAUACUAGUGAAGCUAUAGAUAUCUGUUCCUUCUUGAGGCAGAUUUGUUUUCUUAAAAACCUUAAUUUUCCUUGAAACGCGCAUUUGGGCCAUUUGUGACAAUAAAUUGAUGCAUUUUUCUCUUUUAUUUAAUAAAAAUUGUACCUUAAAUUCGUUUUA